AGCAAUCCACAGGAAAAAUGUCAACCCUUUCAUCUGUGGGCGGCAAUUAACAACCUAAGAAGUCUUCUGGAGUACCCAAAAGAUGAUGGUCAACUUUUAAUUGUCGAAUUAAAAAUAGUUGCUCGAUGUAAGAAUGAUAGAGCACAUCAUUGAAAAUUCCUAUGACGCACAAUCCUGUGGUACAAGAGCGAAAUUAAUUCUUAGUUUGCGUCGUAAUUUGGGGAGAGCAAUAUCGAUAUGCAUGUUUGACUAGGAAUAAGAAUGCUUUCUCGCCAUGUCCGUAACCCAUAUCUCUAAUUACUUCGAUCAUACGUUUGAGAAUAUUACCUUCUCAUUAAAGUCCUAGUUCAUAUCUACCAUCUUCUUUCCUACCGAUAUGGAUGCUGAAUCUUCCUCGUCCUUAGAGUUGCCACAUCUGUGCCGUCAAUUUACGAUUUCUGAGAUUCACUCAGCAACCCAAAACUUUGAUAAGUCAUUAGAAAUCGGGCGAGGGGGGUUCGGCAUAGUUUACAAAGGAACCAUCACUAAUGGGGUAACUCGUUUGGUUGCCGCCGUUAAGCGUCUGGAUUCAAAGUCGAAUCAAGGAGCAGCAGAGUUCUGGAAUGAAGUUCAAAUGCUUUCUAAGUUAAGGCACUGUCACCUGGUCUCUUUGAUUGGUUACUGCAAUGAUGAGCAAGAGAUGAUCCUUGUUUACGAAUAUAUGCCCCAUGGAACCCUUGAAGAUCAUCUUCACAAAUUCCAGAGUCCUUUACCUUGGGUCAGACGACUCAAAAUAUGUAUAGGAGCGGCUCGCGGACUAGAUCACCUUCACAAUGGUACGGGUAUUAAGCAUGGAGUUAUACAUCGCGAUGUAAAAAGCUCAAAUAUAUUGUUAGAUGAAAGCUGGGCUGCUAAGAUUUCAGAUUUUGGGUUGUCCAAACUAGGUCCCAUAAAUCAACCCUCCACUUAUGUCAACACUUUUGUCAAAGGCACUUUUGGAUACCUGGAUCCAGUAUACUUUGCAACUGGUAGGCUGACGAGAAAGUCUGAUGUGUAUGCGUUUGGGGUAGUAUUAUUUGAAGUCCUGAGUGGAAAACAAGCAGUGGACAAAAGUCUUGAUGAGGAGCAUUGGGGUUUAGUAAAUUGGGCUCAAGAAUCUGUCAAAGAAGGAAGGCUAAAGCAAAUCGUCGAUUGGUAUAUAAGGGAGAGAAUCUUGCCUAAAUGUUUGAAGGAGUUUGCAAAGCUUGCAGAUCGGUGUUUACCUAGCAAUCCAAAGCAACGACCUACAAUGGCCGAGGUUGUGGUCUGUCUUGAGUCUGUAUUAACCUUACAGGAAAAAGCCAAUCACACAUUGCAGCCUUCAGCUUUGAGAAUAUUUGGUAAUAAGGUGCCAAAGCUUCUGUCUUGGUCCAAUGGGGAAAAAUCUGUUGGGAGUAAAACAUCUUUGGAGUUAUACUUUGAUUCUAUUGGAGGUGAAAACAGAAUAUUACGUAGGUUUGAGUUUGGAACUAUCAAUUCUGCAACUGAGAACUUCUCUGAGAAUAAUAAAAGUUCACAAUGGGGGGAUGGUUCCACGUACAGGGGAAGUCUACAAAAUGGACAGGGGGUAUCAAUUGCCAGACAUAAUUCUGAAUCUGGAUCCCAAGAGUAUAAAAAUGAAGCGGCGUUGCUGGUAAAACUUGAGCAUGAGAAUUUGCUCAAGCUUCUUGGAUAUUGCAUUGAAGAAACACAAGUAUUCCUUGUCCAUGAGUUUGCACUAUGUAAAAGUCUAGAUCACUUCCUAUUUGAUCGUGGAUGUACUCUUUUGGACUGGAAUAAGCGAGAAAAAAUAAUAUUGGCUGUUGCUAGGGUACUUGUAUACCUUCACCAGCAUGAUGUCGUACACAACAAUGUCAAACCGAGAAACAUUCUUUUAGAUGAAAAUUUCCACCCUAAACUGUCAGAUUUUGGGCUUGCAAGAUUUUUGCCUAUAAAGGAGGUUGAUUGUGUCCAAGUGGAUGCAAUAAUACAUCAGGCGAAUCAGCUGUCAACUAAGGAUGAUGUGUAUGGAUUUGGUGUGUUGAUUUUGGAAAUCAUGAUCGGGUAUAAUAAAGACUUUUUUGAAGGACUACAAACUGCUUGGAGGGAUUGGUGGUCAGGAAAAGAUGGAAAUAUAAUUGAUCCUAGAAUUCAAGCAAAUUCAAUCAUUACAACAAGAUGCAUCCUCAUUGGGCUGCUGUGUAUUUCAAGUGAUGCAGCUGACAGACCAACAAUGGAGGAAGUUGUUGCCAUGCUGACCAAUAAGAAUCUCCCUAUACCAAAACCAUUUAUGCCAACAUGGGUUACACAAAAUGGGAGAGUUGGGAUUACAAGAUAUUUGGAGGUAUACUUUGAUAGUAUUGGAGGUGAAAACAGAAUAUUACGCAGGUUUGAGUUCAGAAUCAUCAAUGUUGCAACUGAGAACUUCUCUGAGAAUAAUAAAAUUUCACGUUGGGGUUAUCAUGGUUUCACCGUGUACAAGGGAACACUACAAAAUGGACAAGAUGUAUCAAUUGCCAGACAUAAUCCUAAAUUUGGUUCGCAAUAUUAUACAAAUGAAGUGGCAUUGUUGCUAAAACUUGAGCAUGAGAAUUUGCUCAAGUUGCUUGGAUAUUCCACUGAAGGACUAGAAGUAUUCCUUGUCUAUGAGUCUGCAGUGUGUGGAAGUCUAGAUCACAUGCUAUUUGAUCAUGGAUGUACUCUUUUGGACUGGAAUAAGCGAAAAAAAGUAAUACUUGCUGUUGCUAGGGUACUUGUUUACCUUCACCAGCAUGAUGUCAUACAUGGUAAUGUCAAACCUGCAAAUAUUCUUUUAGAUGGAAGUUUUGACCCCAAACUGUCGGAUUUUUGGCAUGAUAAUCGGCUGUCAACUAAGGAUGAUGUGUACGGAUUUGGUGUGUUGAUUUUGGAAAUCAUGACUGGGUAUAAUAGACACUAUUUCACAGCACAACGAACUUUGUUGCGGGUUUGGAGAGAUUGGUGGUUAGGAAAAGAUCGAAAUAUGAUUGAUCGUAGAAUUCAUGCCGGUUUAAGAAUCACAGCAAGAUUCAUCCUCAUUGGGCUGCUGUGUAUCUCAAAUGAUGUAGCUGACAGACCAACAAUGGAGGAAGUUGUUGCCAUGCUGACCAACAAGACUCUCCCUAUACCAAAACUACCUAUGCCAACAUGGAUUGUAGAUAAUGUUUCAGAUGUUGCAGAUGAUACAGAUGAUACAACAGAUGCCUUAGAAAUAUUACCAUCCAGUGACUAUGAUUCCGAGGCAGUUGUCAGUUGAGGACUUUAUGCCUGAGCUAUGACCUUGAUAGUGUCUUGCAGGUAUUCGUAUAUAACACUCAAUUCCCUUUAUUAAAACAGUGCUGGAAGUUUCCUUCAAGCCCAUCAAUAGGUUCUGAGGACCAAAUGUAUUAUAAGUCUGAUAUAUUCUUUGUAGGUUUAAAGAAUCCCUAUUUUAUCUGUGAUAAUAUCUUGGCUUAUAUAAUGUUGAAAUUCCUUAUAA